UGUGUGUGUGUGUGUGUGUGUGUUGCAGCAGGGAGGCUGCGUCUCCUCGUGUUGUCACAAUGUCGUCUGACAGUGACAAGGAGGAGGAAGAGGAGGAAGAGGAGGAGGAGCCCAGCCGUCCUUAUAUGGUCGCAGCAGGAAGUCUGGAGGAGGACAAAGAAAUAUCUGAUGAGAAGCGCUGCAGAGAAGGCACGAAGGAGGCGUCAGGGAGGCGACUUCCUCGCCGGCGCUGGUCCAGGAGGACGGGGGGGGACAGCGUCCUGAUGGUGAAGUCCAUGUUGGACCUGAGGCUGCUCGACUCAUACCGCCCUGACACCGAGGCAGAGCAAGAAGGGGUGAAGCCCCGCCCCCUCGAUGUCAGCCCCAGGUGGAUGGACCCAGGUGAGGAGGCGCGGCUUCACAGGACCAAUCAGGAGAUGGGGAGCACCAUCAGUCUGCAGGUCAACACCGCAUGGGCGGAGGAUGACGAGGCAAGGGCCAAUAAGAGGCCAGAAUUCAUCCAUCUGUCCAAUCGGAGCCCAGACAGGGAGCCUGUGGUGCUGUAUCCCGACCAAUGGGAGGACAGAUUGAGCCUGGCAGGGAGUGAGUUCCAGGUGAAGGAGGUGUGUCCCUCGGCUGGAGGACGUCAGGACAAACCGAGUCCAGACAGCGGCUGCUCUUUGGGGUUCAGCUCCAGCCUGUCCAGUCCAGGCAGACCUGCAGGGGACGACUCGGAGCCUCUCAGCGGGGAUGGAAACUCGUCUGAGUUGGAGAUGGAGGAGGAUGAAGACGAAGGAGGAAGAGGAGGAGACAGAGGCUUGCAGGCCGUCCCCCAGACUCCAGACCAGGAAGCUUUCCUGAAGGAGCACUUUGUCAAACUGGCCGACCUCUCAGACUCAGGGAGUCCGAGCAAAGCGUCUCACAGCUCCAGCGAGAGUCUCAGCAUCUCGUCCAGGUUCCUCUCCCAGAAUGCAGCAGGAAGCCGGACUGUGAUUCCUCUCCCGUCUCGGACCACCAGUGGAGGAGGAGAGGGGGUGAAGGCCCGUCCUCUGGUCUCCGAGGUCCGCCCGCUGAUGGAGCAGAACCACAACAGCAGGGUGUCAUGGAAACCAGACCAAACCCACAAACAGAGCCCAGACCAAACCCACGAACAGAGCCCGAACCAAAUCCACAAACAGACCCCGGACCAAACCCACAAACAGACCCCGGACCAAACCCACAAACAGACCCCGGACCAAACCCACAAACAGAGCCCGGACCAAACCCACAAACAGAGCCCGGACCAAAUCCACAAACAGAGCCCGGACCAAACCCAUAAACAGACCCCGGACCAAAUCCAAAAACAGAGCCCGGACCAAAUCCACAAACCGACCCCGGACCAAACCCACAAACAGAGCCUGGACCAAACCGAGCAGGGUUGGGAUCGGCUGUGUGCCCGGAUAGAGGGGGAGGGUGCAGCCCAGCAGGCUCAGCAGGUCCAGCAGGCCCACCGGCCCUCCCCCCUGAAGAAAAAGGUCCAAACCUCGCUGGAGUCCAGGAGGAACCUGGGCCCGGCGGCCCGAGCUGCUGCCUCCCAUCUGAACUUCUCCUCUGGACUUCGCAAGACUCAGUCGGUCCAGAACUUGCUGACGGACACAGGUGACUCCUCUCUCUCCCCGGCGGCCCCCCAUCAGCUGUUUCUCCCCCUGCAGCGUCCCACCACACUCCCCUCCUCCCCGAGACGCCCGCCGUCCACAACCCUUCUCCUUCAGAGACCCAGCCCCGCCUCCCCCCGCUCCCCCCUGCAGGAAACCGCCAUUGCUGCUCCGUCUGUUCUUUCCUCUCAGAGGAAGUCUUCCACCACCUCCGCCCCCCCGGCGGCGUCCCGCUCCUACAUGAGCCCCACCGCCAGCUCCAUGGCCAAGAUGUUGCGCUCCGUCUCCGUGGGCGACGGCCUCAACAACCCCGACGAGGACCCGGCAGCGACGAUCGACGCCUCCUCUCAGGUCAAAGACGUUCCACCUCCUUCUCUUCCUCUGACUGCCGUGGUGCCCUCCAACGCCGCACUGGCCACGCCCCCGCAGGCUGCCGUCAUCCCUGUUGUCAUCGCUGCCUCUUCGGGUCUGGGUAACCACGUUACCCCAGCUCCCCGGGGCCUCCAGGCGCGGGUCCCCGGCAGCAGCAGGCCGCUCCCCGACAAGCCCUCCCUUGCCUCGCUGUCCUCACCAUCUACGCGGCCUCCGCCGGUCUCCUUCUCGCCGCUGACUCCGCCCCCACAGGAAGCAGAGCCGCAGCCUAUUCCAGUCUUCGUCUCACCACAGGCUCCGCCCCCACAGGACGUGGCACCGCAGCCUGUUCCAGUCUUGCCGGAGGCUCCGCCCCCACAGGACGUGGCACCGCAGCCUGUUCCAGUCUCGCCGCAGGCUCCGCCCCCACAGGACGCAGAGCCGCAGACUGCGAGCGGCAGCGACCACGCAGGUUUGGACUCUCAUCCUCCUCCUCUUGUUCAUCCCUUCAUCCUGUCGUCUCUGGCUCCACCCCCGAUCCUCCUCUUCCUCCUCUCGCUCCGUACUCACGGACCAGCCAAUCAGUGUGGAGACCUGCAGAGCUCUGACCAAUGAGCUGCAGAGCUGCUUUAAGAGAGCCACCCACAUGUACAGGAAGGUGAGCGGCUCCUCCCACGACGACCAGCGCCAGAUGGCUGUCGUCCUAUCAGAGGCCUUCCAGGCCAUGAGGGCGGAGCUCCAGUGUCUGCCGCUCGGCGUGCCGAGCAUGCUGGGAGUGGAGGCGGGGCUUGGGGGGGCGGGGGGGGUGAGGACGGCGGCCCUGCUAGAGGAGUACUCUCUGCUGCUGCUGCAGGCCGUCCACCGGAGGAUGGACCCCGGUCCGCACUGACCAGGGUUCGAGUCUUGUUCUCCGGGACCAGAAC